AUGACAGUGAAACUGGGAGAGAGCAGUGGGGAGGAAGGGGUGAAAAAGCUGGGCAAGAGAGCAGGAGAUGAGGAGUCCCUGGAAGAAGGGGCAGGAGGAGGAGGAGAGGCAACUCCGGGCAGCAGCAACACAAAGAAAGAAGAGAAGAUUAUUAACAACAACACUAAUAGCAGCCCCCCACCAAACCCCAGCUUGUCGCAGGCCCCGGCCUCCCUCCAGCCCUCCCACAGCCAUGACCAGCAUCAUUUUCUCAGGUCCAGCGUCAGACCUCAGAGCAAGAGGCUGAAGAAGGAUUCCCAGGCAUCCUCCUCAGUUGGCAGCAGCACUGCUGCAAAAGGCAAAGCAUCAGAUAAUGGUGGGACUGCAUCUGGUGGUACAUCAGGAAUUCCUGCCAACAAUCCUGCUGGGAGUUCCAAGUCGGCAGCAAGGAACUUGAGCUCCUCAGCUGGAGAGAAGGAAGAAGGGAAGAAGGUCAGACGGCAGUGGGAGUCGUGGAGCACAGAAGACAAGAACACUUUCUUCGAGGGAUUGUAUGAGCAUGGGAAGGACUUUGAAGCUAUCCAGAACAACAUUGCCCUGAAGUACAAGAAGAAAGGCAAACCAGCAAGCAUGGUGAAGAACAAGGAACAGGUUCGCCAUUUCUACUACCGCACCUGGCACAAGAUCUCAAAGUACAUUGACUUUGAUAAUGUGUUUUCUCAAGGGCUGAAAAAAUCCUCCCUGGAGCUUUAUGGCUUAAUCUGCUAUGGGGAGCUAAGGAAAAAAAUUGGGGGAUGUAUGGAUGAUAAGAAUGCAGCUAAACUCAAUGAGCUCAUUCAGGCUGGGGCAACGACUGUUCGUUACAAAGGCAGAAACCUCCGUAUCAAAGCUCCAAUGUGCAGGGCUCUGAAGAAACUCUGUGAUCCAGAUGGCGUGAGUGAUGAAGAGGAUCAGAAGCCAGUACGUCUUCCUCUCAAGGUCCCUGUAGAGUUGCAGCCACGAAAUAAUCACGCAUGGGCUCGAGUACAGAGUCUUGCCCAGAAUCCACGGCUUAGAAUGAUUGUGGAGUUACAUCGGAAGGUGUCCAGCCUCAUUGAGUUUCUGAAGCAGAAGUGGGCCCUCCAUGAAGUGCGUAUUCGUAAAACACUAGAAGAACAGCAGCUUCAAGACUCCAGAGACUCAGAAACAAGAGGCACCUUCUCAGAGGAGAAAGUUAUGCUCCAUCUCUUUCCAGGAGAGAACUGUACACUCACUCCACUGCCUGGGGUGGCCAGAGUGGUCCACUCCAAGGCUUUCUGCACAGUGCAUUGGCAGGAAACUGGCAAAUGCAAACAGAACACGAAAGACUCUCACUUACUACCCCCUGCACAAAUCCUAGGCAUCCAGAGUGGUCAGGGGACAGCGAGAGGACAGCUAAAAUACACACGGGGAGCAGAAGGUAAGGGUGUUGGAAGGGUAGAGAGCACUACAGAGUCAAGCAGAACCUCUCAGCCCACAGCUGAAGUUUCUGCAAGCAUUGAAGAUGGUACCCUGGAGCCUGGCUUGGUGGAAGGAACAGCCUCAAAUCUUAGCAUCACUAAUUCUCUCCAAAAACCACCUUCUGGACUUCAAGAUCCAGGGGGGAACCAUGAAAAGCUGAGCUCAGUGGCCUUCUGUAUGGAGAGCAAGGAGGCCGUGGCUAGUGACCAAGCAACUGUGCUACCAUCGUGCAGCACAGGUUGUGCUUGCAGUAAGAUCCCUGAUGUGGAGGAACUCUCUCUGCUAGAUCCAUUCCCACGGUACAUGAAGUCCUGUCAGGACUUGAUUGUCCCAGAGAAAUGUUCUUGCACAGAUAAAGUGCAUGGGAAAGACUCUACUCCAGGAGCUGGUGACACUUCUCCUGUGGCUUUUCCAAGUGUGAGGAGCACAGAGACAUCUGACUUGUACUCACAGCUACUGAGAGGUGGUGUGGCUUCCCCUGGCAGUGGCCCAUCCAGAUGUGAAACUCAGGCUAGCCACAGCCAGGGUCAGCAGCUUGAUGCUUGUACCAAGGAUAUAAUGGAUGCAGCAAUGGAGGAUUCUCAAGAGAAGCUGGGCUCCUCAUUUCCACCUCCACCUCAGGGACAAUCUAGUACAAAGUCUCUCAAGGAUGACCCAAGCCGGCUCUCUCAACAAGUUAGAGAAGAAGGAUGGAGUCUACGAACUUCGGAGAGCCUCACGCUGGCGGAAGUCUACCUCAUGAUGGGCAAACCGAACAAGUUGCAGCUGGAAUAUGACUGGUUGGCUGUCUUGGAGCCAGAAACCCAGGAUGCUAGGGAACAAACAUCAGAGUCAAGUGCUGUUCCUGCAUGCACCACUUUUCACAAGCAGAGACUCCUAAACUGCCUUCUAAAACUCAUCUCUACUGAAGUCAAUCCCAAACCAACACCCGAGAUGAGCUCAGUUGCCACAUCUCCUAUAAAGCCUGCUCAGGAGGAGCAGUCACUAACUCCUCCAGGGAAGGUCAUUGCCAUCAGCACCAGGAGUCCAGGUUGUGCACGCAAUCAAUCUGUCCUUCGCAACAACAAGACUUUUUCUCCUGGUGCUAGUUCCAGCUCCUCAGGUUUGAGAAACCUCCCUAGACCUCUCUUGGUGGCUGGUCCUUCAAGUUCUGGAAACACUGAUGCGGAUGGUGAACUUUUUGCAGUUCCUACAACUCUGCCACCCAACAGCCGCCAUGGAAAGCUGUUCCUGCCCAGCAAGGAGGCAGAGCUGACCUUCCGGCAGCACUUGGAUACAAUCAGUAUGCAGUCAGACUUCUUCUUACCAAAGCCAAGGAAGUUACGGAACAGACACUUGCGGAAGCCCUUAGUGGUACAGAGAACACUGCUCCCCAGGCCAUCCGGAAAUCCGUCCCAGCAUGUCUGUUCCUUCUCUAUCUUAUCGAACUCAUCCAUUACAGGGAGAGGUUCAUUUCGGCCAAUUCAGUCCUCACUGACUAAAGCUGCUGUUUCUCGUCCAAUUGUGCCCAAAGUUCUUCCAACACAGGCUACCAACCAUCUGUCUAGUGCUAUUGACUUGGCAGCUAAAAGUGCUGGUAUCAUCCCUGGUAGCCCUGUGCCUGUCCUGGAUGCAGAUGGUUUGUCAGGAGUGUCACCAUUGUCACCAGAUGGAGUGACCACGGUGGUACCAGGGCAGGAGUCAGCAGCAGCGCAGCAGAACAGAGGCUCCAUUACCACUGUAGAGGGCUCGGACCCUGGGUGUCGGGUUCCCUUCAUCAGCCUGCCAGCACAGCAAGAGCAGGAGGCAGUUCCUGAUGGUUUCCAGGGCUCAUCAGUCCUUUCUCUGUCAGAACUGCCCAAGACUCCCCUCCAGAAUGGUCUUUCCACCCCUCCACUUCCCUCAUCAGAGGCUUCCAGCACUCGGCUCUCUCCUCCCAAUGUUUCUGCUCUCUUGGAUAUUUCUCUGCCUGGACCUCCUGAAGAUGUGCUUUCUCAAGGAGAACCUGCCACUCAAAUCAGUGACUCUAUAAUUGAAAUAGCUAUCAGCUCUGGUCACUACAGUGAAGGUGUUUCUCUCUCUCCUGCAAAGCUGAAUGGCAGUGAUAGCUCCAAAAGUCUUCCAUCACCAUCCAGUAGUCCUCAGCAGAACUGGAUUGCCUCUCCCAGCCAUGAUCCUCAGUGGUACCCCAACGACUCCACAGACUCCUCUCUCAGCAGCUUGUUUUCAAGUUUCAUCUCCCCCGAGAAGGGACGAAAAAUGUUGCCAACUCCGGUUGGGACCACCAGUGGCACCUCCUUACUGGGACCCAGCCUUCUGGAUGGAAACUCAAGGGAUUCUUUUGUGUCACGGUCUCUGGCAGAUGUAGCAGAGGUGGUGGAUUCACAGCUGGCUUGCAUGAUGAAUGAGAACAGCAUAGAUUACAUAUCUCGUUUUAAUGACCUUGCCCAGGAGCUAUCAAUACCUGAGCCAACCCGCAGGGAGAUCCUGUUUGAUGGAGGAGGUGGUGGCCCCCCCAUUGGGGACCUCUCACAGUGAGUCCAGCAUGCUGGUGGUGACUGUUUGGUUGAAUUUGGAGCUUGCAGUGCUGGAUGAUGGCAAGGGCAGGUCACACAAAAGCAGCUGAGGAUCAGUUGUCCCUGUCUUGUGCCAUUGUUUCUAAAAGAGGAGCAUUGUCUUCAAAGGUCUGAAGAAGUACCUGCAAGUCCUGGAAUGUGCAAUACACUGGGAACAACAAAACGUGAAAUAGUAUUACAGGAAACGGUGUGACCCUUGCAU